GUUUGUGGUCCCACCCUGUGCUAGGAGAGAAACACGCACACAACUGUGUGGAGAAACACAACUAUAAAGACUUUGCUUAGUAAAGUAGUGAUGAAGCUAUUUUUUCUAGCGCUACUUCUUCUUAUUGCUCAGACUGCUCACCUGGCACCAGAGGGGGGUGCUGCUCUGCCCCAGUGGCCCCCACCAGCUCGUUCCACUCUAAAGAACAGGGCUGAGGGUCUGCGCCCUGGGGAUGGACCUCAUCUUACAGGCGCAGAGAAGCUGCGGCCAUUGGCACCUUCGGUGCGGUGUGAUGAUGACACCAUGACCCUGAGGCUCCGUGGACGCAGGGAUUCCGGUGUUCUGGUGGAUCGAGCGGGUGGCCCACCUGUCCCUGUGUCCCAUCUGCCUCCCCACUGUGGCUUCUCCCUCCGGAGGUCCAGGAGAGACCUGCUGCUGGUGGCUCCAUAUGAUGGCUGCCACGUGUCCCGAGAGGAUGGUCGCUAUGUUCUCCCCCUGCGUGUCCAUGGGAUGCCAGUGAAGAUGUCCUGCCCUGCGACCCCUCGUUCUCUGGCCACGGUGUCCUGCGGAGACUCAGAAAUGGUGGUCAGGGUGGAGGGGGCUUCAGCACAUGAGGUCAGAGUGAAGGUGAGUGGCUCCUGGAAGCCCCUGCGGUCUGUUUGUGGACAGUGUCUCUGCAGGGUUGAUGCUCAACGUGGACACCUGCUCAUUAGAGUCCCCUACACAUCUGUGUGUGUGAACAAGGAGGAGGCGGGGCCAACAAUCAGGCUGCUGACCACAUCUGGGGGGACCACUCUCUCAUGCUCUUUUGUACCGGAGAAUCCUGCCCCAUCUCCUCCUAUUCACCCUAUGUUCCCUCUCCACUACCCAGUGUCUUUCUACCCUCUGUUUUACCCUACAAUCCCUAGUCCAGUGUCCCCUAAAUACCCAUUUUCGCCAAUGAACUUCGCCAAUGGUGAUUCCAAGGUUCCUCCAGUAGAUGACCAAGGUGCCAACAGAUUCUCUGAUUCUGUCCAGCAUAUUUACCACAGUUACCCAUUUUACCCAAUUAUCUUCCCAAAUGGCUAUCCCAGGGUUCCUGUGGGUGACCUGGGCACCGAGGAAGCCCCUAAUACUCCUUUUGAACAGCAUAUUUAUCCCAGUUACCAAUUUUACCCCAUGAACCUCCCCAGUGGCUAUCCCAAGGCUCCUCUAGUAGGUGACCUAGGUGCCACCAAAGCCUCUUCUGAUUCUGUACCACACAUUUACCCCAGUUACCCAUUUUACUCAGUGCCCUUCUCCAACAGCCCUCCCAAAGCUCCUCCUACAGGUGACCAAGAUGCCAACAUACCCCCUUCUCUUGAUUCUGUCCAGCAUAUUUACCCCAGUUACCCAUUUUAUCCCAUUAUCUUCCCAAAUGGCUAUCCCAGGGUUCCUGUAGGUGACCUGGACACCAAGGAAGCCCCUAAUACCCCUUCUGAACAGCAUAUUUAUCCCAGUUACCCAUUUUACCCAAUGAACCUCCCCAAUAGUCAUCCCAAGGCUCCUCUAGUAGGUAACCUAGAUGCCACCACAUCCCCUUCUGAUUUUAUACAACAUAUUUACCCCAGUUACCCAUUUUACUCCUCAGAACCCUUCUCAAACAGUCCUCCCAGAGCCCUUCCUACAGGUGCCAAAGAUGUCAACAUACCCUAUUCUACUGCUGAUUCUGUCCAGCAUUUUUACCCCAAUCACCUAUUUUCCCAAAUGUCCUUGCCUAACAACGGCAGGGUUCCUGUAGAUAAUGAAGAUGCUAGCAAAGCCCCUCCUACUCCUGCUUCUAACCACCAUCCUUAUCCUCGCUAUCCUUUCUACCAAAUGUCCUUGCCCAGCAGCAACCCUGAUGCUGUACCUGAGCUGGGUUCUUCGGCUUCCUUGACUGCCCCUUCUAGUCACUCUGCUUAUGGGAGGUUUCCUCAGUGGUACCAGCGGCCACUCUCAGUCCCAGGGAGUCCAGGGAAGGACCCUGUUACACCCAGUGCUGCUUCUAGCAGCCCGAAUCCUGUGGGGGAACAGCUGUCCACUUACCCCUUGUACCCACCCUACUACCCAAUGUCCUCGUAUGGCGGGAGAGGUCCUGAGAUGGCUGAGCUCGAACGGGUUACCCCCCUUGCAACGCCUUGUCCUCCCCACCCCUCCCCCGCCACCACACUGUUCUGCGCCACUUCAAACACAGAGUCCAUGAUCAUGGGGAAAAACUCGCAGCUACAGCGCGCGCUCACGGCGCUUCUCGUGCUCGCGCUCGCGCUCGCGUCUCCCGAGGGCUCCGUUCGGGCGGGACGCUCGUCCUCCAGGGGUCUCCUGCGCACGGGCGGCUGGACACCGGAGGGACACGGAUCGUCCGGCGACGGCGAGCUGGACGGCGCCGGCGGGACCAUAGAGCGCAGUGAAGGACACCAGGCUCUCCAGGGCUUUCUGGCGGGUGCAGAGAAGCUGCGGCCCCUGGCCCCUUCGGUGCGGUGUGACGAUGACACCAUGAGCCUGAGGCUCCGCGGACGCAGGGAUUCCGGUGUUCUGGUGGAUCGAGUGGGUGGCCCGCCUGUCCCCUUGUCCCAGCUGCCCCCCCACUGUGGCUUCUCCCUCCGGAGGUCCAGGAGAGACCUGCUGCUGGUGGCUCCGUACGACGGCUGCCACGUGUCCCGAGAGGACGGUCGCUAUGUCCUGCCCCUGCGUGUCCAUGGGGCGCCGGUGAAGAUGUCCUGCCCCGCGACCCUCCGUUCUCCGGCCACGGUCUCCUGCGGAGACUCGGAAAUGGUGGUCAGGGUGGAGGGGGCUUCAGCGCAUGAGGUCAGAGUGAAGGUGGGGGGCUCAUGGGAGUCCUUGCUCUCCAUCUGUGGAUGGUGUGCCUCCAGUGUUGAUGUUCACCGUGGACACCUGCUUGUCACGAUCCCCUACACCUCAGCCUGUCUGGAGUCUGAGGAGGCCAGUCUCUCACUGAGGCUGCUGACCACAUCUGAGGAGACGACUCUGUCAUGCCCCCGACCCUCGGACGAUGAGGAUGAAGACGAUGCCGGUCCUACUCCACCUGCCCGUCCUGCGUACCCCAUGUUCCCUCCCUACUACCCAAUGUCCUUCUACCCUCUGUAUUAUCCUACUGUAGCCCCAACUGCCCCCAGACCCUCCUACCCCAGGUACCCAUUUAACCCAAUGGGCUUCCCCUACAUGUACCCCCAGGCUCCCCGGAGCGUGGCAGGUAAAGCGGCUUCCCAGGGGGUCAUGUACCCUGGUUAUCCCCUGUUCCCCAUGCCUUACGUGUACCGCUAUCCAACGGUUCCCCACCACUGACAUGGAUCCAUUCAGAAGAAGUCAACUCAUUCUCCUUGACUUCUAGACCCCUUUUUUACCCUCUGGGUACCAUGUGACUUUCCUGCUUCCUGUGGACAAUGCAGGUCCUGUGCUCUUCAACUGUACCCAUGUUCCUGUGUGCAGGAUGUGUCUCUCUCCCCUC